AAAUCAGGGAUUGAGGAAAAAAAAAAAAACAAAACCCUAUCAAAAACUCCUUUCUAGGGUUACCACCAAAAUUGACUGUAGUAGAUAUAAGCUCAAGGGAAGCCCUAACUCUGAAUCGUCGUCGUCUUCUUCUUCAAACCAACCGCGAUUCCUACUCUCAAGUAAGAAGUUUUCAAUUCAUCUAUGGCGGAUGUUGAGAAUCAGCAGGAUUCUUCGUUUCCUGUGAAGCGGAAAUCGGAUCUCUUUUGCCAAAACCAGGAUAAUUUGUCAAACAAGUCUCAAAAGCUUAACCCUGAGUCCAAAGACGGAGGAGAAAACAAUGAAAGCGGCAUCGAGGAUCUUGAUUCGACUGGUGCAGAAUCAUCGGUUUGUCCGGAGAGGUUAGCUGAAAAGGUUAAUAAUGGCGUAAUCGGCGAUCUUCUUGGAGCUGAAGAGGAGCAACAAGUUGGAGAUGAAGAAGAUGAAGAGGAAGACGACGAGGAAGAAGAUGAAGAAGAAGUUGAAGAGGUGGUUGACAGGAAAGGUAAAGGGAUUUCGAGAGAAGACAAGGGGAAAGGCAAAUUGAUUGAAGUGGAUUCAAGUGAUGACGAAGAAGAUGACAGUGAUGAUGACGACGAAGGUUUUGGUGAAGAUGACGAAAGUGAUUUCUCAGAUGAUCCUUUGGCUGAGGUUGAUUUGGAUAACAUCCUUCCGUCCAGGACUAGGAGACGAUCGAGCCAGCCUGGAGUUUACAUCUCCAAUGAUGUUAGUAACCGUGGCGAGGAUGAUGAUAGCAGUGAUGAUAGUGAUGCUUAAAAAAACCUUAGUUUUAUAACGAGGUUAGUCUUUUUAAGGAAAAAUCAAAAAUUUAGUUCCUUUUGAUUCUAAAGAGGGGGUUUGUCUCUGUUCAGUGAUUCUUCUUGGUUAGAAUCUAAUGUUUCAAACGCUUGGACCUAUGUGGGUUAUUAUGUAGUAAUAUCUUAUGGUGUUCUUGCAAUCUCAUUCAAUGUGCCUCUUUGGUCGUUUGAUUUGUAAAUUUAUCAUCUUUUCUCGAUUCUGUGUGAGA